AUGAUUGACAGCCAGAGACUGUUGGUAAUAGAGGAUCAUGGGAGGAACCUGGGGGAACUCUGGGAGGAACUCAGAGCCCUUGGUGUUGGGAUUUCAAGGACUUCCUGGGAGGAGGGCAAGAGGCUGUUGGAGGCUGGUGCUUGGAGUUGGAGGAGCCUGCAGACUGCUUUCCUUCAGAUUGGCCACAAUGCUAUAAUAGGUGUUUUCCUUACCUGGAAUAUCAUUGUGACAUCAUGUAAUACUCAGUGUAAAAUUACUCCCUUGGAGAUCUUUAAACAAAUAACAUCAAAAGGUUGCAAGGAUCCUCAUGGUCUAAAGCAUGCGUUGCAUAGUCAGUGGCAAAGUGAUAGGUGUGAGAACUGUGCAUGUACUGAAAAAGGAAUGGUUUGCUGUAGCAUUAUUAUGAGGCCUAUCGGAUAUAACACAGCUUCAUGCAAGUUAAUUUUUGACAAGAAACAUUGUGUUUAUGUAGCUGUAAUGAAAAAUAAUCCGUCUCAGACCUGUAAAUUCUCAUCAUAUACUACUUAGCAAUUCCAUCUCCUCCUGUUUUUCCUUCCAAAGUCAUCACCUCCCAGUGCAACUUGUCCUCACUUCAAGCAAUGACUCUCCCUGGAAUUCAGAACAAGAGGAGGCUGUGAGCCAGGUGGGCAUGACCUUGGAUUUCCAUUCUCCUGAAGGUCUUGUCAAGUCUCAGGCACCCUGAUUCAGACCACAAAAUGUCAUCUCUCUGUCUUCUGAAAUCCUUUAGGCACAUAUGUUGUACACAUACCUCCUGUAACCUGUCUGAUGAAUAUCUAAAGAAAAUAUAUGUUCCUCUAGCAUGAAA